AUGACCCGACUUACGCCCGCACUACGGGAAAGUGCAAUUGGCAUGAUUCAAGCAGGCAUGGGUAUGACUGCUGUGUCAAUAGCAAUUGGCUGUAAACGUUUGACAUUAUAUCGGCUACAUCAGAGAUUCCAAGUAACUGGAUCUACGGCGGAUCGACCUCGGUCUGGGCGGCCACGAGUAACAACAAUUGCUGACGAUAGAUUCAUCCGUAUACGACAUUUGAGGGAUAGGUUUAUGCCUCCUAGGGCAUCAACUGGUGUUGUUCAGGGCAGACGUAUCAGUGCACAAACAGUCCGUAGAAGACUUCGUUCUUUUAAUAUUCUUCCUAGACGUGCUUAUAGAGGACCGACACUGACACAACGACACAGACAAGAGCGGUUAAGAUGA